GCAGACUCGUCUUUCCAAUCUUGAACACACAAACUCUCUCAGUCACCAUCUCUCUCUUUCUCUCACACACUCUACAUUAGAGAAUAAAGGCCUUUUUAUCUUCUCAGGAAAUUAAUAAAGUGGGUUCUGAGAUUGCAAAACCUAAUCUAAGAUCCUCCCACUCAAAGAAAGAUCCAAGAUCAACAGUAAAAGAGAUCAGGUAAAAUGGCGAGAGAAAAGAGAAGGAUAAAGAAGAUAGAUAACAUAACAGCGAGACAAGUUACUUUCUCUAAGAGAAGAAGAGGAAUCUUCAAGAAAGCUGAUGAACUUUCGGUUCUUUGUGAUGCCGAUGUUGCUCUCAUCAUCUUCUCGGCCACAGGAAAGCUCUUCGAGUACUCUAGCUCAAGAAUGAGAGACAUAUUGGGAAGGUAUAAUCUUCAUGCAAGUAACAUCAACAAAGUGAUGGGUCAACCUUCUCCACAUCACCAGCUUGAGGAUUGUAAUCUAUACCGACUAAGCCAGGAAGUCGAAGACAAAACCAAGCAGCUAAGAAAACUGAGAGGAGAGGAUCUUGAAGGAUUGAACUUAGAAGAGUUGCAGCGGCUGGAGAAACUGCUUGAAUCCGGACUCAGCCGUGUGUCUGAGAAAAAGGGGGAGUUUUUGAUGAGCCAGAUUUCGUCACUUGAGAAACGGGGAUCAGAGUUGGUGGAUGAGAAUAAGAGACUGAGGGAGAGAGUAGUGACGCUGGAAAUGGCUAAAACGAUGGCGUCAAAGGAGGCUGUGGAAACAGAGUCGGCGACCACAAAUGUGUCUAGCUAUGAGAGUGGAGCUCCCUUUGAAGAUGACUUUUCAGACACUUCCCUUAAGCUUGGGUAUAAAUGGUUCCAGUGUAAAAUACAUUUUUAAGGGUUGGAUGUUACUGAUUUGUGGAUUUUUAUUUUUUUGUGUUAGGCUUCCAUCUUGGGAAUAAUACAACGAGAGAAGAGAGUGUGUGCAGGGUUGACUUAUGAUGAAUCAAAUUGCAAGUCUUCCUUUUGCACUCUUUACCUUUAAAUAAGUGUUGAAAUGUUGACAAAAAAAGAAAGUGUUGAAACAAAAUUUGAGCUAAUUCUCAUCGCAUUGUGGAGACAUGUGAGCAAGUUUUUCACAUCGUGUUGUUGUCCUUUUUUUCAUUAAAAACUAUUACGCACUAAAGAAAAAUCAUUGGAUCCAACAUUGUCUUGUAUUCUUCGUUGUCAAAAACUCCCGUUAAUUUUGUUUUAUUAGUACUUUAUACUUUCAUCGUGUGUUUUU